GUGGGGUCUCCAGCGUUAGGAUCUAUAUAUACUCCCUCUGUGACCCAGCGAGCUGCCCCUUCUCGCAAGCUGUAAGGGUUGCGCACGGCAAGGAGCUCCAAAGGCAGAACGAAGAGCGCUUUCGAAGAUGCCCAGCAGCCCGUCGAGGCGGCUGUUUCUCCCGCUGCUGACGCUUUGCUUGGGAGCAGGGGUCCUUGGCACACUGCCCCAGCGGGAAAAGACCAGAAGGCAAGCCCAGCAGAACAUCGUCCAACCCCAGCUGCCAGCCAGCGCCAGCAAACCGGGCUGCUAUGACAAUGGGCAACACUAUCAGAUAAACCAGCAGUGGGAGCGCAUUUACCUGGGGAAAACAUUGGUCUGUACCUGCUAUGGGGGAAGCAGAGGCUUCAACUGUGAAAGCAAGCCUGAAGCGGAAGAAACCUGCUUUGACAAAUACACUGGAGGGACUUAUAGAGUAGGAGAAACCUACGAGCGACCUAAAGACACCAUGAUCUGGGAUUGUACUUGCAUUGGAGCUGGCCGUGGUAGAAUCAGCUGCACCAUCGCAAAUCGCUGUCAUGAAGGGCGUCAGUCCUACAAGAUCGGUGAUACCUGGCGCAGGCCUCAUGAGACAGGCGGCUACAUGUUAGAAUGUGUGUGUCUUGGCAAUGGGAAGGGUGAAUGGACUUGCAAACCACUCGCUGAGCGCUGCUAUGAUAAUUCUGCUGGGACUUCCUAUGUUGUUGGAGAGAUCUGGGAGAAGCCCUAUCAAGGCUGGAUGAUGGUGGACUGCACUUGCUUAGGAGAAGGCAGUGGACGCAUUACCUGCAGCUCCAGAAACAGGUGCAAUGAUCAGGACACCAAGACUUCCUAUAGAAUUGGAGACACCUGGAGCAAGAAGGACAGUAGAGGAAAUCUGCUUCAGUGCAUCUGCACAGGGAAUGGCAGAGGGGAAUGGAAAUGCGAGAGGCAUACAUCUCUGCAAACUGCAGGAACUGGAUCUACUACCUUCACAGAUGUUCGGACUGCACUCUACCAACCUCAGCCCCAACCCGCUCCCUAUGGGCACUGCGUAACUGACAAUGGCAUGGUGUAUUCCAUGGGGAUGCAGUGGCUCAAGACGCAGGGGAGCCAGCAUAUGCUUUGUACUUGUCUGGGCAAUGGUGUCAGCUGCCAGGAAACCGCUGUGACUCAAACCUAUGGUGGUAACUCCAAUGGGGAACCAUGUGUCUUCCCAUUCACCUAUGGCGGAAGGACUUUCUACUCCUGCACUUCGGAAGGGCGUAACGAUGGGAAUCUGUGGUGCAGCACUAGCUCAAAUUUUGAUCAGGAAAAAAAAUACUCUUUCUGUACAGACCAAAAUGUCUUAGUUCAAACACGUGGUGGUAACUCCAAUGGUGCCCUGUGCUACUUCCCUUUCCUUUACAACAACCAGAAUUUCACUGAUUGUACUUCUGAGGGGCGGAGAGAUAAAAUGAAGUGGUGUGGAACUACCCCGAAUUAUGAUGCCGAUCAGAAGUUUGGAUUCUGUCCCAUGGCAGCUCAUGAGGAAAUCUGCACAACUAAUGAAGGUGUUAUGUACCGGGUUGGAGACCAGUGGGACAAGCAGCAUGACAUGGGCCAUAUGAUGAGAUGCACGUGUGUGGGAAAUGGGCGUGGAGAGUGGACCUGCACGGCUUAUUCUAAGCUUCGAGAUCAGUGUUUAGUUGAUGGGGUCAACUAUGAUGUUAACCAGACCUUCCACAAACGUCAUGAAGAAGGGCACAUGCUAAACUGUACAUGCUUUGGCCGUGGUCGGGGGAGUUGGCAAUGUGAUCCUGCUGACCAGUGCCAAGAUUCAGAAAGCCAAACCUAUUACCAGAUUGGAGAUUCGUGGGAGAAAUAUGUUCAUGGCAUCAGAUAUCAGUGUUAUUGUUAUGGGCGUGGUAUUGGAGAAUGGCACUGCCAGCCUUUGACUGCAUACCAAGGUUCCUCUGGUCCUGUCCAGGUGAUAAUCACAGACAUCCCAAUUCAUCCUGAUUCUCAUCCUGUCCAGUGGGUUGCUCCUGAAUCCUCUCAUAUUUCCAGCUACAUCCUCCGAUGGAAACCUAAAAACUCAAGAGUCAAGUGGAAAGAGGCCACCAUCCCGGGUUAUUUGAAUUCUUACACCAUCUCAGGCCUAAAAUCUGGUGUUCUUUAUGAGGGGCAGCUUAUUAGUGUCCAACAUUAUGGCCAGAGAGAAGUCACUCGUUUUGAAUUUACCACCUCUAGUACUACAGCUGUUUCAACCAGCCGUGUGUCAGGAGAAACCACAGCACUUCCUUCUGUGGUGACUACAUCUGAAUCUGUCACAGAAAUAACUGCCAAUAGUUUUGUGGUCUCCUGGGUUUCUGCUUCGGACACUGUCUCAGGAUUCCGUGUGGAAUAUGAAUUGAGUGAAGAGGGUGAUGAACCCCAGUAUCUGGAUCUACCAAGCACAGCCACUUCAGUUAAUAUCCCCAAUUUGCUUCCGGGUCGCAAGUACAUUGUCAAUGUCUAUCAGAUUUCAGAAGAAGGGGAGCAGGAUCUAAUUCUGUCAACUUCACAGACAACAGCACCUGAUGCCCCUCCUGAACACCUUGUAGAAAAUGUUGAUGACACUUCAAUCCUUGUAAGGUGGAGCAAACCAGUGGCCCCAAUCACAGGUUACAGAAUUGUCUAUACCCCAUCUUUGGAAGGUAGCAGUACAGAACUCAACCUCCCCGAGUCCGCUACUUCCGUGACACUCAGUGACCUGAUGCCUGGUGUUCAGUAUAACAUCACCAUUUAUGCUGUGGAAGAGAACCAGGAGAGCUCUCCCAUCUUCAUUCAGCAAAAGACUACAGGAGAACCACGGGAAGGUGAGAUCCCUUCCCCUACGGAUUUGCAAUUUGUGGAGGUCACCGAUGUCAAAAUCACCAUCAUGUGGAGGGCCCCAGAAAGUGCAGUGACUGGCUAUCGUGUGGAAGUGAUCCCAGUUAACCGUCCUGGUCAGCAUGGACAGAGGUUGCCUUUUACGAGGUCUCCCUUUGCUGAAGUAACAGAGCUUCUCCCUGGAACAACCUAUCUUUUCAAGAUCUAUGCCAUAGGACAGGACAUAGAAAGUGAACCACUGACUGGAGAACAAACAACCAGACUUGAUGGCCCAACCAACCUGCGACUUGUCAAUGAGACGGACUCCACUGUGCUGGUAACAUGGAGGCCACCUCGUGCCCAUAUUACAGGAUACCGACUUACUGUGGGUCUCACAAGAGGAGGACAACCGAAACAGCACAGUGUGGGACCAUCAGCUACCAAGUACCUGCUGAGAAAUCUUCAGCCUGGCUCUGAGUACACUGUGACCUUGGUGGCUAUCAAGGGUAACCAGCAAAGCAACCCAGAAAUGGGAAUAUUCACAACUUUGCAACCCAUGGGCUCAAUUCCUCGUUAUAGCACUGAAGUGACAGAGACAUCUAUUGUUGUUACCUGGACACCUGCACCAAGAAUUGGUUUUAAGCUGGGUGUGCGGCCAAGCCAAGGUGGAGAAGCUCCAAGGGAGGUCAUUUCUGAAUCUGGAAGCAUUGUUAUAUCUGGUCUGACUCCUGGUAUGGAAUACACCUACAGCAUCUCAGUCAUCACAGAUGGUCAAGAGAGAAACACUCCAAUCAUCAAGACAGUAGUUACACCAAUAUCGCCACCAACCAACUUGCAUCUUGAUUCUAACCCUGACACUGGAAUCCUUACUGUCUCUUGGGAAAGGAGCACAACUCCAGAUAUCACUGGAUACAGAAUUACUACUAUCCCUACAAAUGGACAGUUAAGCUCCAGUCUGGAAGAAGUGGUCCACAGGGAGCAGACAUCCUGCAUAUUUGAGCACCUGAGUCCUGGUGUGGAGUACAAUGUCAGUGUUUACACUGUUAAAGAUGAUCAGGAGAGUUUGCCCAUCUUUGAAACAAUAACACAAGAGGUGCCCCAACUCACUGAUUUAAGCUUUGUUGACAUAACUGAUACAAGCAUCGGCCUGAGGUGGACCCCUCUAAAUGCCUCUACCAUUGUUGGCUACCGCAUCACAGUAGUUGCGGGAGGAGAAAGUGUCCCCAUUUUUGAAGAUUUUGUGGACUCUUCAGUAGGAUACUACACGGUCACAGGCCUGGAGCCGGGCAUUGAUUAUGAGAUCAGCGUAAUCACACUCAUUCAUGGCGGAGAGAGUGCCCCUACUACGCUGACUCAGCAAACGGCUGUCCCUCCUCCCACUGAUCUACGUUUCACCAAUGUGGGACCUGACACAAUAAGAGUAACUUGGACUCCACCAGCAUCCAUUGAACUGAGUAGCUUCCUAGUACGUUACUCACCUGUGAAGAAUGAGGAGGAUGUUGCAGAGUUGUCCAUCUCACCUUCUGACAAUGCAGUGGUUUUAACAAAUCUCCUCCCUGGCACUGUGUAUUUGAUCAGAGUCUACAGUGUAUAUGAGCAACGUGAGAGUAAACCUCUGAGUGGAGAGCAGAAAACAGGCCUUGAUUCCCCAACUGGACUUGAGGUUUCGGAAACAACAGCUCAUUCUUUCACUGUCCAUUGGAUUGCCCCUCGUGCCACCAUCACUGGCUACAAAAUACGUCAUUAUCUUGAGCAAGGUGGAAGCAGACCCAAAGAAGUCCGUAUUGCACCAUCUCGCAAUUCCAUCACUCUCACUGACCUGGUUCCAGGGUCAGAAUAUGUGGUUAGCAUUUCUGCAUUCAAUGGCAAAGAGGAGAGCUUGCCUUUGAUUGGACAGCAAAGUACAGUUUCUGAUGUUCCAAGGGAUCUACAUGUCACUGCCACUAGCCCCACCAGCCUGGUCAUCUCCUGGGAUGCUCCUGCAGUUACAGUUAGAUACUACAGGAUAACAUAUGGUGAAACAGGUGGCAGUGGACCUGUUCAAGAAUUCACUGUUCCUGGAAAUGUAGCCACUGCAACGAUCUCUGGGCUUAAGCCUGGAGCCGACUACACCAUCACUGUCUAUGCAGUCACUGGACGUGGAGACAGCCCUGCCAGCAGCAAGCCAGUCACUGUCAACUACAAAAUAGAAAUUGAUACACCAUCUGAGUUGCAAGUAACUGAUGUUCAAGACAGCAGCAUCUCUGUCCGGUGGCAGCCUUCUUCUUCCCCAGUCACUGGUUACAGAGUUACAGCUGCUCCCAAAGAUGGUCAUGGUCCCACCAAAAUCAGAGUUCUCUCUGCAGAUCAGACAGAAGUUACAAUUGAUGAACUACAGCCUACAGUUGAGUACGUAAUUAGUGUCUACGCCCAGGGUCAAAAUGGAGAGAGCCAGCCUCUAGUUCAGACAGCUGUUACAAACAUUGAUCGCCCUAAAGGACUGACAUUCACUGAGGUGGAUGUCGAUUCCAUCAAAAUUGCUUGGGAAAGCCCACAGGGGCAAGUCACCAGGUACAGGGUGACCUACACAACCCCUGAGGAUGGAAUCCGCGAACUAUUCCCUGCUCCAGAUGGUGAAGACGAGACUGCGGAGCUGCAUGGCCUCAGGCCUGGUUCUGAGUACACUGUCCACAUCGUUGCUUUGCACGAUGACAUGGAGAGCCUACCUCUGAUGGGGACCCAGUCCACAGCCAUUCCACCUCCUACAAAUGUGAAGUUUGUUGAGGUCACGCCAACCAGCCUGAAAGUUACCUGGACUCCACCUAAUGUUCAGCUGACUGGAUACCGUGUCAGAGUGAAUCCCAAGGAUAAGACUGGGCCAAUGAAAGAAAUCAACCUUGCUCCAGAUAGUACAUCUGCUACUGUGUCGGGACUAAUGGUGGCAACCAAAUAUGAAGUCAGCAUCUAUGCUUUGAAAGACUCUCUGACCAGCAGACCUGCCCAGGGUGUAAUCAGUACCAUAGAAAGUGUAAGCUCUCCCCGUAGGGCACGUGUAACAGAUGUCACAGAGAGAACCAUCACCGUUGUCUGGCGCACCAAGACUGAGACGAUCACUGGUUUUCAGAUCGAUGCCAUCCCAGCAAAUGGGCAGAAUCCAAUUCAAAGAAUGGCUGGCCCUGAAGCUAGAAGCUAUGUCAUCACUGGCUUGCAACCCGGCACUGACUACAAGAUCCACAUCUACACCCUAAAUGACAAUGCUCGCAGUUCCCCAGCCGUGAUUGAUGCUUCCACCGCCAUUGAUGCGCCUUCCAACCUCCGCGUUCUCACAACUACAAGCAAUUCCCUGUUGCUCACUUGGCAGCCACCCCGUGCCAGGAUCACAGGCUACAUUGUCAGAUAUGAAAAAGUUGGUGGGCCAACCCGAGAGCUAUACCCUCGCCCCCGUUCUGACGCUUCAGAGGCUACACUCACUGAUCUGGAGCCAGGGACAGAAUACAUCAUCUAUGUAAUUGCUGUGAAGAACAAUCAGAAGAGUGAACCAGCGAUUAGAAGGACGAAAACAGAUGAGCUUCCACAUCUGGUAACCCAUCCACACCAUCAACCAGGUAGGCCAGAGAUCCUCGAUGUGCCUUCCGUGGUAGAGCACUCACCUUACGUCACAAAUGUGGAUGACAAUGGAAAUGGUAUACAACUUCCAGGCUCAUCUGGUCAGCAGCCUAUUCUAACCAACCCUGGUCAACAAGUCAUUGUGGAAGAGUAUGGGUCUAGGCCCCACACGCAAGCAACUGCUGCAACUCCAAUAAGGCGCAGACCAGGCGUGGAUGAGGAGCCUGCAGUGGUGGGCCGGCACCCAGUACGAAUUCCAGAAGUGGAUGAACCUUCUUAUCCUCACACCCUUCUGCCCAGAAAUAAUUCCACCAGACCUCAGGAAGCGCUAUCUCAGACAACCAUCUCUUGGAGACCAUUUUUGGAGAGCUCAGAAUACAUUAUUUCAUGUCAGCCUGUUGGCACUGAAGAAGAGACUGCAGAGUUCAGAGUUCCUGGCACAUUCUCCAGUGCUACUCUCACAGGCCUUACUAGAGGUGCCACCUACAACAUCAUAGUGGAGGCAAUUAAAAAUCGGAAAAGGCACAAGGUUUUUGAAGAUAUGGUUACAGUGGGCAAUGCUGUUCCUGGAAGAGUAAACCAACCAACAGAUGACUCGUGUUAUGAUACUUACACUGGUUCUGUUUAUGCUGUUGGGGAGGAAUGGGAGAGGCUCUCUGAAACUGGAUUUAAACUCUGGUGCCAGUGCUUAGGCCUUGGCAGUGGACACUUCAGAUGUGACUCUUCAAAAUGGUGUCAUGACAAUGGUGUGAACUACAAGAUCGGUGAGAAGUGGGACAGGCAGGGAGAGAGCGGACAGAUGAUGAGCUGCACUUGCCUUGGAAAUGGAAAAGGAGAAUUCAAAUGUGAACCUCAUGAGGCAACUUGCUACGAUGAUGGCAAGAUGUACCAUGUAGGAGAGCAGUGGCAGAAAGAAUACCUUGGUGCCAUCUGCUCCUGCACUUGCUAUGGAGGGCAGCAGGGCUGGCGGUGUGACAACUGUCGUAGACCUGGUGUGGCACCCUCCCCUGAUGGCUCUGGCCGUACCUAUUCACAAUAUUCACAGAGACAGCAACAAACAACAAGCACUCAGAAUGUCCAUUGUCCAAUCGAAUGCUUCUACCCUUUACAUCUACAACCAGACACGCAAAACCGAGGAGAUUAACAUCCAGCAAGAUUUAACAUCAGCCAAGAAGUGUCUACUUGCCAAGACCAUCCACUCUAGAAUGUUGCUAGGAAAAAGCAGAUCUGGCUGUGGGUGGCCAGAAUCCCUUUCCCAGCUUUUGCUCAACUCACAGCUUCUCCAAGGGAAGCCACUCUUGGAGCGUCUCAAGACCUAUUUUCACAAAGGAUAGUUGUAUAUUGUCUGGUGUGUGUGUGUGUGUGUGAGAGAGAGCGAGAGCGAGAGCGCAAACGAGCGAAAGCAAGUGUGUUCGGAUGUGUUUUUCCUCAAAGUGUUUCAAUACCAUUCAGUAUUCCUCUCCCCUUCAAAACUUAUACUAAUUGAUAAAUCGCUCCAAAAUGAGAAAGUGUACUUGGAAAUGUACACGAGGCCCAAAAAGGAUGGAGGAGUGAGGCUCCCUUGCUGUAAAAAAUAAAUGAACAAAACUCCAAAGUUCUAUUUUCACCUAAUUGUGCAGCUCUCAAUAGGAACUGAAUACAUGGUGAUAUUUAAAAUAUGCACAGUUCUAAUCUUUCUUAAUGAUCCUAAUUCUCCCUACUCCAGCGGUAUGUUUGGAUCUCGUACUGUUAUUUAUCAACAAUGAUCUUCCUCCCCCUCAGUUCUUUUUCUAUAGGAAAAUAUAUAAGUCACUUAGUAUGCUGUUGACAGAGGAAUUUGGUAUAAUUUUGAUCAGUGAUUAUUUUUUAUACUGUAAGUGCCAAAGCUUUACUACUGUGGGAAGACAACUCUUUUAAUAAAAAGGUUUACAAACCA